GUGAAUGACGUCCGCACCCGUCAUCGAGUGGAACGUGGAGAGCUGCAAGCUCAGAUUCUAGCUUAUGCGCGUGAGAAACGCGACAUUGGUCGUGACGGAGCUUACGCUUGCGAGCACCAAAUCGCCUUGAACAAGGAGAGCGCGACUCUGCAAGAGCGUUUUGAAAAGUUAGACGCUGAAUUCGCAGAGGAAUCGAUGGGGCGAGCAGACACCUUAGCUGCUGAACUGGCAGAGAUCGACGAGGAGGAAAAAUUGAUGCAAUCAGUGGAAGCCAAAGAGCGCAAGCAAGCGAUGAAGAGGAGCGAUCAAGAAGAGUCGGAUCGCGAAAAGCUUCUGGAGAACGCUAGAGCGCUUGGGCUGGACGAUUCGUCUGACAGCGAUGCCGACAUCGAGGCCGACGUGAUUGCCGCUAAGCGCCAAGCAGCACAGCAGAAGGCGUUGGCCGAGACCACGAUGGCAAAGAAACGUUUGGAGGACGCCAAAAAACUUUUACAACUCGAACAUGACGCCACUGCACCUGUUCGCGCCAGUGAGGCCGUUCGCAGAUUGCGCGAUGAGAUUGACAAGAAGCGCAAAGCCGAGGAGGACACCUUCACCGAGGCGCACUCUUCGAAAGUCGCGCAGAUUGAGUUGUCUAAGCGGGAAGAGCUUCAGAAAGUGCGAGAGGACCACCAGCAGAAGAUGAAAACGGCUGGCAGCAUGGCAGGUCGUGAUCAACAAGAAGAGGCGAAAGAGAGGCGUGAACACUUGAUCCACAAGAAGUAUGAUGCAAUGGAGGACCAACUCUACUUGAAGAUGUGGCAUGCGCAGGACGUUCUUGCGGCCGAGAUCCACGUGGAGGCACGCUCGUUGACGGGCAAAGCCGCUGCUUUCGAGGAAGGCCUCAAAUUUGACAGCGAGUUGACUCUUAAGGAACUGCGCAGUUUGACUUUGUUGGGUGCUCCAGUGGUUGACGUGCUGCUUCGUGUCAGCGACACGGCUGAACGUGGUAUUAACGUCGGAGUUCCGGUGCCGGACGUGCGCGUGCACAGCGAAGGACAAGAUUAUAUUCCGAGACCUGGCGAC